AUGACAAAACUACCCGCACCCAGCACUCCUUGUCAAUGGAGCCUGGUCGGCUUGCUAGACUGCACGAGCGGUCUUGCUGUGAAAGCGCAGGCUCGUUCGGUUGGCGCGCUGGUUGCGGUGUUGGCGGCCGCUACCUCGUCCUUCUUGGUGCAAGUGAUCUUGUUCGCGCUGAUGCGCUCCGGACUCCCACGCAUAUAUGAGCCUCUAGCCUAUCAGACCCCGACUACAGAUGCAUUCACAGUGCUUCGCGACGUCUUCGCCUUGACAGACCGCAACAUCUGCACAAAACGCGGACGAGAUGCGUAUUUCUUUCUCCGUUACUUAGAACUUCUGUUGAAAAUCUUCAUCCCCGCCGCCGUUCUUGGCCUGGCCAUCUUGCUUCCGGUCAAUUUGUUAGGCGGUAACGGCGAUACCGGUCUCGCCAGUCUCACUACGUCGAACGUUCAUGUCAGACAUAGCACGUGGCUGUGGACACAUGUUGCCGUCGCCGCCGCCUUCACGUCAUGGACCUGUUUCCUGGUCCACUACGAGAUGCAACACUAUAUCCACGUACGACACACUUGGAACAAGACGGCGGGCGUAGCAAGCAGGACCGUCUUUGUGCAAGAUAUUCCGCCUGAUUAUCUUGACUCGGACAAACUUUGGAGACUCUUUGCGACAUUGCCCGGAGGUGUCAAGAAAGUGUGGAUCAAUCGAGACUUUGCAACUCUGAGGAAGAAGGUAAAAAGCCGGGACUGCACCGUGGAUGACUUGGAGGCGGCCGAGACACGACUAAUACAAAUGUGCAGUCGCCUAAACCACGAGCGUGAUGCUUCUCUCACAUUGAGCAUAAAAGGCCUGUGGAGUUCCCUUGUGCAAAACCCGGCACUCAACCCUAACCGGCUCGAGAGCUUGGGGAGCCUAAGAGGUCGGCCGUCAAGUUCGGCUAAAGACAGGCAUGCUUGCGACUCCAAUUGUUCUAUUGACGAUGACGAUCAUCCUGCAUGGAAAGCCUAUAUUUCGACUUCUCAUCGUGAGACCACACGAUUGCGGUCAUUGAAGUCAGAUUGGACAUCUGGACUUUCCUUGUUUGGAGCGGCAGUCGACAAAAUCUGUCAACUGCGCUGCAAGCUUGCGCGUCUUAACGAAAAUAUUGCGCUUGAUCAAACACGCCCCGAAGCUUUCCCGCUAGCCAACUCAGCAUUCGUCCAGUUCCAUUCGGAGCUCGCCGCGUCUCUGUGUUGCCAAGCUAUUGCACACGACAAGCCGCGCUGCAUGAUGCCACGAGGGGUGGGCAUCGAACCAGAUACUAUCAUCUGGGACCACCUGGGCCUGACGUGGUGGCAGCGAGCCGUACGAGUCAUUUUUGUUUUCUGUCUGCUUUCCACGCUGAUCGCAUUAUACUCGGUACCAAUUGCGUUGACCUCCUUUCUAGCCAAAAUUUCCCUCCUGGCAGAAGUGGCACCGUGGUUGAGCUGGGUACGCCGCACUCCGGCACCAGUGGUCUCCAUAGUGCAGGGAAUUCUCCCUCCCACGUUCCUAAACAUCAUGCUUGCGACUGUGCCGAUGCUCAUCAGGCGCCUUGUGCAGUCGGAGGGACCUCCUGACACCGCCGUCGCCGAGCGUCAUGUGCAACAUUGGUUCUUUUUGUUUCUUCUCGUGCAAGUGUUCUUCGUUGUCACUCUCUCCGGAAGUCUUGCGGAGACUGCGGUCGGACUCGCUGGUGACGCCGCUCAGACGCUGCAACAUAUUUUAUCAAGCAUCCCGAAAGCGUCCACCUUCUUCCUCUCGUACAUGGCAGUUGAAGGGCUGUCCACGUCUGCUAGUACGCUCUUGCAAGUAGACAGCCUGGCUCGCUGGUUCAUUUACGCUCCGUUGCUGGAUCACACCGCGCGCCAGAAACGGUCGCGCCAGACGACUUUGAAGACGCUGGAGCUGGGGACAGUUCUUCCCCUUCUCAGCAACUUUGUCGUGAUCGCUUCGGUCUAUUCGAUCCUCGCUCCGCUCAUGCUAGCUUUCGCGGUAGUCGUGUUCAUCACGUUCAUGCUUGCAUAUCGAUACAAUAUUCUCUACGUAUACCGAGUGACCGAUACAGGCGCUCACUUCCUUCCCACCGCGAUACAGCACAUCUUCCCAGGCUUAUACAUUAUGCAGUUGUGCUUGACGGGACACUUUUUUGCUGUAAGUGAUGGUGGCCGGCUUAUAUGCAUCCCGCAAGCACUCGUAGUGCUGAUCAGCUUCUUUGGAACAAUCCUCUUUCACUGCACGCUCCGAUGCGGGACGUGGCCGCUGUUGGAAUUUAAAGCGAUGACACUCCGACAAGCAAGCAUCGACAGUGUCCAAGCCGAUCAGAGCGGAACGCUGAAUUCCACAAUGCCGAAUGCACUCGACAACGAUUUUGAAGACUGGGUUCUCCGUGUCCCAACACCUACCAUCUGGUUGCCGCGCGAUGCACUCGGAGUAAGCGACAACGAGGUACAGCGUACGAAACAACUUUUCAACAUCGACGUCGAUAAUCAACAUGCAGCUUUGGACGAGACGGGCCGCGUAAUAAUUUGGUCACAUCCUUUUAAUUAUCCGUAA